UAUUUGUGGAGGCGAACGAGCCUCGCUCCCGAGCCGCUCUCACCGGUUUCUUCCCGCUAACGGACACACUUGUCAAUAAGCUCCGACACCUUCCCACCGCUGCGUCCACCGGGAGGGAGACUGGGACCCGCCACACUGUUGACUCAAGUUUUCAUUCGGACACGUUCUCCAUCACAAAAAGUGAGAUUCACUUUUUACAACCCAAGGUACUAAAAGAAGAAGAUGCUGGAUCGUUGGAACCCGACUGCUGUGUGGUUGCUCUAUGGAUGCCUGGCUUGUCUUGUCAUCAGCUCAGUGAAUGUCAAUGCAGACGGUCGGGUGUUUGUGUUGGACCUGAGGAACUCCUCAGGCCCUCAGGGCUUCAGAGAUGCCGAGCGGGCCUGUGCCUCGCAACGUGCCCGCCUGGCAUCGGCGGAGGAUCUCCGUCACGCUGUGAUGGAGUGCUUCUUCUCUACAUGUACCCGUGGGUGGCUCUAUGGAGGCACAGUGGGGACCACUGUGUGUAAUGUCGCAGGCAGUGGACUGAACGCAGUGGACGUGAGAACAGAAAAUGCCACAGAGGACAAGGCUCACCUGGACGCCUUCUGCAUCAAAGAUAAAGGCGUGCCGUGUGGGGACCCUCCAUCCUUCCCCAACGCUCGUCUGCAGGGUCACCCUGGCUUUGAGAUGGGCGAUGAGCUGCUCUACACGUGUGUGCCGGGUCACGUGAUGCCCAGCGGACACACUGCCUUCAGCCUGCUGUGCGACAGCUGUGGAGAGUGGUAUGGACUGGUGCAGAUUUGUGUCAAAGAUGGGACUGAAAGUCACAUAGACUAUGAGGACAAGUUCACAGAUUCCUACGAGGAGGAAGGGCACCACAGCGAGAGGCCAGAGGAGGCCCAAGGCGAAGUGUAUGAGGAGGUGCAUGGAGCUGCAUACCCGGAGGGGAGGGAGAGUCAGGAGCAGCAAGAGACAAGCUUUGGUCUCAUUGAGCAUCAGGACGAGCAUGGAGAUGCUGAAGCAGGAGGAGAAUCGAAUGGUAGUAAGUUUGAGGGUGAAGUAGAGGAAAAAGACGAGGAUCGGGCUGUGGAGGACUUUAUAGAUACCCCGAGGUGGGAGCAGGAGAGGAGGGAGGUGGUGAGGAUAGAUGUAGCUGCAGCCACAGAGGCACCGGUCUCUCUUCUCUCCCAGAAACACAUGUUCUGGUUUCCCUCCGAGGCUUUUCACGAGGAGAGUCAGUCUGUCUCCACCAAUCCAGCCACACAGACUCCACAGAGAGCUUCUGGCACCCAAUCAGAGGAGAGCAAAGAGCAUGAGAGCCAGGAAACCCAGCAUCCCGUCGAUGUCGAUGACCAUGAUCACGAGCGAGACGAUCAUGACACAGAUGACCGACAGGAUGGAGACGACAGCCGCCACUAUGAUCAACCUGACCCUGACAGUCACCAGGACGAAGAUGACCACGAUGACCAUCUGAAACAUUACAUUCCAGCUCAGCACGACGAUCUGGACAGACGGGACCGCCCCGGAAAACACGACGAAGAUCAUAUUGACCCCAAUGACCAUUAUGACAUGGGUGAACAUGAAGAUGAUCGCGUUCGCUACAGCAACCCGGAGUACGAUGAUCGGGACGACAGCUACGAUGAACACGAAAGUUACGAGGAUCGCAAGGACGUGACUGACGAUCAUGGUGUGGUUGUUGAAGAGCAUCCUGACGACUCAAAGGAACAUCCAGACCAACACGACCAUGACGAUGGCGAGGAGCAUUACGACCUGGAGGAGGACGAAGGCGACCAUUUCCCUGAUCACGAUGAGCAUGACAACGAUGAGCAUGACAGCUACGAUGAUCACGAUAGCCACGAAGAUGCCGAUGACGGUCAUCAGCGUGUCAUCGUUUCUAUCGCAACAGAUGUACGUAAGAAUGUCACCGCGAAGGGAGCAGAAGAGAAGGCAACGACAGAUGACACCUGGCUAGACGGCUACCCUGUCGUCUUGGAGGAAACGGAAAAAGACGACGCGACAACAGUGAGACCAGAGGACGGAGAGAGGGGGACACACGCUACGACAACAGACAAACCCAACGAGGUGGACAUUCGUAGACCUGUCCCCUACACCAGUUUACCAGAGGAACACGAAUCUCCCACUGUGGACCCUGAACAAGGUGGAGUAAAGGACGUCUGGCCUGGCUUCAUCCCCACCGUUGCUCCUUCUCCUGAUCACAUAGAGCCCUCAGACUCCCCCUCGUACUCCGACACCCUCGACUACGACACUCAACAAGCAGCUCCCACCCGCUCCUGGCAGGAAGACCUCACCGAGCACCCCUUCCUCGAUUACGGCCUGGCUCCCCCGGUGCAUGAUGGCGACGUCCUGAUGGAGGAGCACACCGUGAACAACCUGCCCAGUGAGACUGGCGAGCGUGAGGAGGUGGAAGGGGAGAUGGGGGAGGCGACCUGCGUGGGCGGUGACUGCCCUCCGCGUCCUCCUCAGAGCUCCUCUAGCAAAGGUGCUACAAUUACCGUCAUCAUCGUGGCGUUGUGUGCGCUGGCUGCGGCUGUCAUCGUCGGGGUGUGGUGUUACCGACGGCAGCAGCAGAAGAGCUCGAUGUACGAGAUGAACGGGAAGGGCCAGAGUCACAGCAGACAGGGCCAACAGAUAGAGAUGCAGCAAAAAGUGUAAUAACAAGAGACGAGGAAAGAAGGACACUGAUGGAGGGCAGAGACAUUUAGGACGUGUCGGAUGAAUUUGAGAAGAACGCGCAGCCCUUCAUCUUCCUAGAAAGUAGGCUACUGCAUAAUUGAAGAUUUUGGUUCAGUAUGAACAAAAGAGUCCUGUUUUGUACAUUACCUGUGUGGUGCACAAAAUACAGUAAAACAGUAAGAAGUGAUGCAGCAGUAUGGUCUGCUUCUUAACAAUUCUACGGAAGUUCACCGACCUUUGUCAUACUUAUUCAUUAUUUUCAAAGCUCCGAUAUCUAUGUGGACAGUUGGGGGCGUUCUGUCUAGACUGGACUACGUUCCAGGAACUAAAAACAACAAGAGAUUGUACGAAAUUACCAUGUUGGAAAACCCCAAGAAGACAUGCCUGCCUGAAGUACUCGAACUGAGACUCCAACCUCCGAAGCUCUUGGACAUUGUGGUGAAGAUUCUCUCCGUUACUUUGCUGUCAUUUAUGUUGAGUGGUCUUGUUUCUUUCUUUUGAUGUGUACUGUUCUGGAUUUAUAGAUCUCAAUCUUCUUUUCUGUUUAUUUUGUUUUUUAUAUAUAUAUAUAUAUUAAAAAAGAGUAUCCCACUUGUUAGUUAGAGUUAGAGGAUCACAACACUGCAGUAAAUUUGGGCAGGUAUUUUCCCAAAUGAAAGACCUGGAUUCUGUUGGACCAGAAAGAAAAGAGAAAAUUAUGAGUUUGAUGAUGAUGAUGAUGAUGAUGAUGAUGAUGAUAAUAAUGGCUAGACCAGAUGAUAGAACGAGUAUGAAUAGAGCUAAAAAGAAAAAGAGGCUGGGGAAUGGUGUGAAUACUAAGUAUGAUGGAAGAAACAGCUGAGGAGGUUCCAGCCUCUGUUGGUUUUGACAGUCAGCUGGUGAGAAAUAUAAAGCAGGUUUCCAGACUGCAAACUCGGCCCUGUGUUUGUGUGUGUGUGCGUGUGUCUCAGGUUCGUGCAAUCGGCUGCUCGGCGGUACACCGUGUUUGAAGAAGCAGCGAGGGUGCUGACGGCAUCCAGACCAGCCAGAGAUCAAACUUUGUGUUGCUGCCAUGGCAACAGAGAGGAACUACCCCAAAUGUUAGAGUUAAAACAUUAUCAGUCAUCUUCUGAAAUAUUUCGACUGUUCAGAGGGUUUUUCCUCUUGAGAUUCGACGAAAGGUAGUUUUGAAUAUCUUGUGGAGCUGGAGAGCUUUAGUUUAAAAAUAGUUCCAGACCUCAUGGCCUGAAAUGUUCACCAAUCUGCCAAAACGUUAAAACAGUUAAUGGGUUUGAAUGUUGGAGCUGUUCAGUGUACAUUAAUUGUUUAAAUCGCUCAAAAAUGAUAGAUGUCGUGCUAAAUAUGUUUUCAACAACAUCAGUGCAUUAUGUGCUUGUGCUUGUUUUCUGUCAAGUUAUGGUUGAUUGAACCUCUGGUUUAAGUUGGAGUUUUCAAUUCAAGUAUAAAUAAGAAUUCACACAAUUUGUAUAUCAACUCAAGAAAUCGGCCAGAAACAUGUUUCUGUGAGGCACCAGGACUUUGAACUUUGACCUUUACCCACGGUAAUCUAAUCAGUUCAUCUGUGAGUCUCAGUGAACAUUUGUUUAAAUUUUAAAGGAUUCUCUUGAGGUGUUAUUAAGAUAACAUGUUCACAAGGCAAAAAGGGUUUCGUGAGGACACCCUCACCUUACAUUUUGACUCCCAGAUUAUAAUCAGUUCAUCCUCGAGUCCAAGUAAACCUUUGUAUCAAGUUAGAAGAAAUUCUCUCGAGAUGCACUCAAGACAUCAUGUUCAAAAGUGCACGAACGGACGGACAGCCUGAAAACAUAAUGCCUCUGGCCACUGGAGGCAUAAUUAUGUUUUUUUGCUCUUUUGUUCUUCAGCUGCUAAAUUGAAUUAGAAAACAUAAAAAAAAAGGUGCACAUAUGAACAAAGGCCAAUCGUCACAGGAGGGUUUAAACUCGUCGAUAUUGUUAUGUAUAAAGACGACAAAAUUGUGAGUGCUUUACUUUCAAUAAGUAGUGGCUGGUGGAUGAGGUUAUUGGUGGUGUCAUCGGUCAUGAGUGAUUAUUGAAUUUCUUCUAUUUUGUUUCUAACAAAACAUCCAGUGUUUCCUGCUGGUUUAUAAAAAGUAUUUUUUUAAUGAGGUUAUUUUGUGUCUAGUCAUGAAAUAAGGAUUUGGAUAAAUUAAGUAGAUGAGCGUCUUCUUGACUUCUGUAUUGUGGUAUCUGAAACUAUGUCGACACUAUUCUUGGGUGAGUGCAUCGGGGGGGAAUGAAGUCCCUGAAGUAUCUGUAUGUUUGUGUAAAUAUGAAUCUACGACUGCAUUAACUUGCUGUACAUACUGUAGCAUAUCUGGUGUCACAUUCGACGUGACCUCUACACAGAGUCGGCUCAUUUCCACCACUAAGAAUCUCACUGUUUCGUGUCCUGCUGUAGAAACACAAGUACUGUACUCGCAGAUGUCAGCUGCAGGGCCUGUCUGAUCGCGCACCAGAUUGUGGGAUCACCUGAGUUUUUGUGCACGACACUUAUGAAAACCAGCGGAGGCGAAAAAGCAGGAAAUGAUAUUUGGACGUAGCUGUGUCUCGUUCACAUGACGCUCCAACGUGACGGUUUCUCCUCCCCUUCAAACAGCCUGAUGGGAGUGGUGUCAGGGUGAGGUGUGUACUGUGUAGAGCAAGCGUUCUCUUAGUCACAAUAAACUGCUUAACAUGGGACUCUGGGCUGAUUAUUGCAUUUGAUGUGGUUUCAAGUCUUGAAUUUCCUAUUUUUUCCCCCCACCAUCAGGGUCAAACAGAAACAUUCAGUCAAGGAGAUAAAGAUGUGAAAUCACGUGGUUCAUUUAUUGCAUUGUUUACUUUUCAUUGUGUAAGUAUGACCUGUGACCUGUGACCUUGACCUUUAACCUCGACUCCUGACAUUCAGCUUUUCAUCGUAACUUUCAUCCGAGCUCCUCUUUCACAGCGCCGUUAUCUUCCUCUCUCCUGACGCCCUCAAUAAAUGUUAACAGAUGAUGGAAAGAUGUCAAAUAAAGCAUUGUCAAGGAAUAAGGAGAAGCAAUAAAAGAGAGGCGAGUACAGGGAGGAGAGAAACAAGAGCACAGAGCUGCAGACAGAGAGACACACACACAGACACACACUGUAAUACAGAGGGAAUGUUCCCCUGUGGGUUUUUAACAUCACUGUGUGACAAACUGCACUGAGACUCGAUGUUCAAACAUUAUUAAACAACUCAGUGUUUUCUCUGGCUGAGUCUCUCUGCUCUGCACAGCCCUGUUGGCUUUCGUCUCAAAGGCCGCGGCUGUUCGGCCCUUCAGGUCUUCUUCAAGCAAAAAUACCAAACAUUCCCAAAUUCCACUUUUUUUAAAUUGCGAUGUUUCGCAGUUUCCUUUGAACUAUGUGAUUGGGAAUGGAUUGCUUUUUUUGUUCUGGAAGGUUGGUCGGACACAACAUGGCGUCUGAAGACAUGGGCUUGGACGUAAAUAAAUUGUAACAAGUAAAUCUUAUUAUUUCAUGCUCAAGAUGUGUCUCUAUAUAGAUGGAGAAAUGUUGUCAUUAGUUGAAAGAACAAUAAAUUAUGUUUUUAUUUGAUAUGUACUUAUAUAGUGCUUUCUAGUCUUGAUGGUCACUCAAAGAGCUUGUUCAUAAAAUGUAUCACAUACCUAUAAAUAGUAAAACUACUCCAGACCUUUAUCUCUAUCUUCGCUAUCUAUAAAGUCUUAAAUGUCCGAAUAUGACGUACUAGCUCUAAAAAAGCAAUUAAGUAGAUUUUAAUGAUGUAAACGUUCAUUUGACUGAUGAGUUUACAAACACCCUGGUCAGGAUUCAUAGCGUCGC